GCUGCCAACUUGUUCAAAAUCAGUAAACUUUGGAAAGAGGCUGGUGACGCAUUCGUACGGUCAGCGGAGCUGCAUGCGGCCAGUGGUGAUGGGCGUCAUGAUACGGCAUCGAACUAUGCAGAAGCGGCCAAUUGUUAUCGCAAAGUGAAUCCACAGGUAGCCGUCGACUGUCUGAUGAAAACAGCCGAGAUUUAUACGGAUAUGGGUCGUUUUAACAUGGCAGCCAAGAACCACUGCACAAUUGCGGAAUUGUAUGAAUCGGAAUGUCCAGAUACGGCACAAUGUAUUGCACACUAUCAGUUUGUUAUGCUUCGUUUCAUUUCAACGUUCAAUUAA